AUGUAAAUUCAGUAAAAGGAAACGCCCAUGUUGACGUCAUCUUGUUAAAGUUCUCCUUCUGGUCCGCACAUGUGCUAUAUAAGCUAGGACUCCGCGCCUCAAACUUUAUUCAUUCAAUUCUCAACCAGCAGGAUGUCGGGACGCGGCAAAGGAGGAAAAGGUCUCGGUAAGGGCGGAGCCAAGCGGCACAGGAAGGUGCUCCGUGAUAACAUCCAGGGCAUCACUAAGCCUGCAAUCCGCCGUCUAGCUCGCAGGGGAGGUGUGAAGCGUAUCUCCGGCCUCAUCUAUGAAGAGACUCGCGGUGUCCUGAAGGUUUUCCUGGAGAACGUCAUCCGUGACGCCGUCACCUACACCGAGCACGCCAAGAGGAAGACCGUCACCGCUAUGGACGUCGUGUACGCCCUCAAGCGCCAGGGCCGCACUCUUUACGGCUUCGGAGGUUAAUUCUGCUUCUACUCGGCUCCAUCUCAUCAA